GUUCGCUGGUGGAGACCGGGAGGACCGAAACCCAGCUGUGUUCGCCGCCCGCCGCUGCUCGCCGCCGGUUCCCCCCUCACUGCUCGGUGAUGUUGGACAUGGGAGAGCGCAAAGAGGUGAAGAUGAUUCCCAAAUCGUCGUUCAGUAUAAACAGUUUGGUGCCGGAGGCCGUGCAAAGCGACAACAACAACAGUCACCACCACCACCACCACCCACCACCAGAACCAAACCAGAACCAGAGCCAGCACCGAGUUGUUGGUCCGGAUGACGCCGAGCAGAAGGCGCCUCUCCCGGCCUCGCAGCCGGACGUCAAAGCUGACCCGAAAAGUGAGUCGCUGAACCCGGAGAGCUGCCCGGAGGAGAAGCAGGAGGAGAAGAAGGACGGGAAAGAGGGAGAGAAGGACGGAGAGAAGAAAAGUGGCAAGUACGAAAAACCUCCUUUCAGCUACAACGCUCUAAUAAUGAUGGCUAUCAGGCAGAGUCCGGAGAAGCGGCUCACUCUCAACGGCAUCUAUGAGUUCAUCAUGAAAAACUUUCCGUAUUACCGGGAGAACAAGCAGGGCUGGCAGAACUCCAUCAGACACAACCUCAGCCUCAAUAAGUGCUUUGUCAAGGUACCUCGGCACUACGAUGACCCCGGGAAGGGAAACUACUGGAUGCUGGAUCCCAGCAGCGACGACGUCUUCAUCGGUGGAACCACUGGGAAGCUCCGCCGGCGCUCCACCACGUCACGGGCCAAACUGGCUUUCAAGCGCGGUGCCCGGUUGACCUCCGGGCUGACCUUCAUGGACCGGGCCGGUUCCUUAUACUGGCCGAUGUCCCCCUUCCUCUCCCUGCACCACCCGCGGGCCGCCGGUGCUCUCGGCUACAACGGGACCUCGUCGGGAUACCCGGGCCACCCGAUGUCCUACAGCAGCAUGCUGACGCAGAACAUGAGCAAUAACCACUCAUCGUUCCCAUCGUCCAACGGGCUCAGCAUGGACCGGCUGGUCGGUGGGGACCUCCCCUACGCGACGCACCACCUGACGGCGGCGGCCCUGGCGGCCUCGGCGGUGCCCUGCGGCCUCUCUGUGCCUUGCUCCGGGGCCACUUAUUCAUUAAACCCGUGCUCGGUGAACUUGUUGGCCGGACAGACGAGUUACUUUUUCCCCCAUGUCCCACACCCGACCAUGAGCUCACAGACCGGCGCCGGAGGCGGCGGCUCGUUGCAGGCUGCCCGGGCUUCGGCUUCCAAUUCCCCGCAGGCUCCGUCCUCUUCCUCGCUGCCAUGUGACACUCUUAGGCCGGCUUUGUCCGGCUCUCUACCCGCCUUCUCCUCGGGACUUUCCGGGGGUUUGUCUGACUAUUUCACACAUCAGAACCAGGGGUCAACUUCUAACCCGCUCAUACACUAACUCCCCCCCCCAUCCCCUGAACCUCAUCCAUCCAUCCAUCCAUCCAUCCAUCCAUGAAGGAGUGAAAAUCUCAAAAUGAUUGGAACACUAACGUGAUCGUUUUUAACACUGAACAUUUAAGAUGUAAAAAAAAUAUGACAAAUUAUUAUAAACUACUACCUAUUAUAGAAAAAAGAAGAGAGACUGCAAAACAAAAAAGAGCAGCACUGAGAAACUCACAGAAAGCAGCACUGACAUUUCCAGGUAUUCUUUUUGUUUUUAAUAUUAUUAUUAUUAUUAUUAUUAUUAUUAUUAUUAUUACUAUUAUUACUAUGGUUUAUUCUUCUCCAUGUUCUUCUCGUUGUUGCUGUGCCCCAUCUCCUCCUGCAGUUUUAAUUUCUGUGUACAUAAUGUGUGUUUCUUAGUGUCCGGGGUUUGUCUUCUGUAUAAUAAUGUCAGUCAGUGACGUGCAAUGUGAUCUGAGAUAAGAAGCGGAGAGAAUGAUGAGAACGCAGCUCGUUUUCCUUGUCUUGUUGGAGGAGGCAAGUUUUUUUUAUAUAUAUAUUAGAAUGAGUAUUUAAAUUAGUUGUUUUAUUAAAGAUAGUGUAAUAAUAAUAAUAAUAAUAAUAAUAAUAAUAAUAAUAAUAAUAAUAAUAAUAAUAAUAAUAAUUUGCCUUCAUGUCUCAGUACCAUGCUGGUUAGAAUAAAAGCGGGGAAAAGUGAUUUUUUUAAGCUGAACGUUCUUUAAAGCUGAACGUUCUUCUCCAUUCAUUCAUUGCCUGGUUUUAAAAACUGCUGACGCGCUUUUUAUAGACCAAAGAAUCUGUUCCAUAUGAAGUCAGUAUUGUGCUGUAUAUUCCGAGGCCUGCUGAGGGCGGAAUGAAGGAGAGACUCAAAUCCUCCGUCACUGCAGAAAAUGUCCCUUUAAACGAGAUUUUUAUCGCGUCCUUUAGGUUGUUUGAAUUAUCACUUAGACUUUUUUUUUAUUAUUAUUAUUAUAAAUUUUUGUUAUUUCAGCAGCUGUUGGUGUCGCUGGAGGAAUUUAAUUUUCAGUCAAAUAAAAAAUAUAAAAAAAGAUCGGGCAUUAUUUUUCGGAUUGAAGAGUUGCGCUUUUCGGCGUUGCGACUUUGUGCGUAAAUGUCUCGUUUUGUGGAAGAUUUUCCGCAGUGAAGCUUUGCCAUGGAAACGUGAUUGCCCGUUUGAAAAACAACAACAAACAAAACGCAGACGUUCACGAUUCUUUUUCUUCUUGUUUUUGUACAAUUAGUAAAAAGAAAAAAAAAGAAAAAAAGAUCAUCUUUGUAAUUUGACUUUGUUUUGUUUUAGAAAAGGAGGAACGCUGUAAAAAAAAUCCCGUUUGUUUAACAAAAGAAAUUCUGCCUUCUGAUCUAAUAGGCUCCUAUUUGGAAUGAUUGUCUUUUAAUUGUCGCCUCUAAAACAAUUUUUCAUGGUUGUGAUACUGUUGUGGUCUUCUUCUUAUUACCGUGUUUGUCGCUUAUAAAAAUAAAAAAAGAAAAAAAAAGAAAAAAUGUUUUAAUCCUAAAAAAGCACAAAUAAAAGAAUAGGUUACAUUCAUAACUAACGUAA